CAUUUUAAAAUUCGUUUUCUCAGUAAACUGUGGCAACCAGCCAUGUUGGGUAGUGUCGGUGAAUCAAGUGUUUCUACGUAAAAACUCAAUUUUUUUAGUGUUUGUGUUCUUUAGUGAUCCCUGUGAAUUUGGAUUAACAUGGCGACUCUAACGGAAAACGCAAAUUGGGGCACAGAGCUAUGGGAUCAAUAUGAUAACUUGUCAAUACACACACUGAAAGGGAUCGAUUUCUUAGAAAGAUAUGGGCAUUUUGUGAGGGAUCGAGCCACAAUAGAAUCUGAAUAUGCAUAUAAGUUGAGACGUUUAGUGAAAAAUUACCAACCCAAGAAGAAAGACGAGGAAGAUUACCAGUUUACGUCAUGUAGGGCUUUCAAGGCUCUGAUGACUGAAAUAAAUGAUAUGGCAGGACAGCAUGAGGUCGUGGCUGAAGAUUUACAAGCAAAUGUGAUAAGGGAGCUUACUGCUUUAGUUAAGGACUUACGGGAAGAACGGAAGAAACAAUUGCAAGAGGGCCAGAGACUGUCACAAUCAUUACAAACGCAAAUAGAAUCUUUGCAAAGGGCGAAAAAAGCGUAUGACAAGGCUUUCAAAGAGGCUGAAAAAGCCAUUGACGGAUUCCAGAAAGCAGAUGCUGACUUUAACUUGUCCAGAGCUGAGGUUGAAAAGCAUCGUGCCAACAUGGCUCACAAGACUCAAACAUGCGACCAAGCCAAAAACGAAUACGCUGUACAACUUCAACAAACCAAUCAACUUCAAAGACAACACUUCCGAUCUGGUCUUCCUGAGGUGUUUCGGCAGCUGCAAGACCUCGAUGAAAAACGGAUAAAGAACAUAAAGAAUUUUAUUAAGGGUAGUGUUGAAUUAGAAAGGAACGUGUUUCCCAUUAUCAAUAAGUGUCUCGAUGGGGUUCUAAAAGCGGCGGACAUUAUAAACGAAAAGGAGGACACGCUGUUGGUUAUAGAGAAAUAUAAAUCGGGUUUCCAACCUCCAGAGGACUUUCCAUUUGAAGAUCUCUCUAAAGGUGGUAGUGACUCGGGUAGUGCUAAUAAUUUGAACAAUAUACAGUUAGGAAGCAAGAUCAAAGAUGGUGGUUACACAGUCAAGGGUACCAUAACGGGCAAAGCAAUGAAGAAACGUGCAGGCAUAUUUAAUAUUUUUGGAAGUCGAGGGAAGCUUACAGAAGUCUGUAUGGCAAUAAAGAAUGCUGCAAUUGCUGAUGGAAAGGAGGAUCUUAGUGAACUUCCACCGAAUCAAAGAAGAAAAAAGUUGAUGCAAAAAAUUGAGGAAUUGAAGACAAAAGUGACGCAAGAAACAGCUGCUCGAGAUGGACUCAUGAAAAUGAAAGGCGUCUACGAAGGCAAUCCUGCAUUAGGUGAUCCUAGAACAAUUGAGAGUCAAUUGAACGAAUGUAGCCAUAGACUAGAAAAACUUCAACAGGACCUUGUUAGAUAUCAGGGCUAUUUAGAUGAAGUGGUUAAAGGUAUUCAGUCAGGUAAUCUAACAAAUUCUGUAACCGGCAGUCCAAGAUUGCUCAAUGGAAGUUCCCGCAUUCACAGAAACAGCGGUGGAAGUGCCGCAGAAGAAAACAGUCUUAGCAGGUCUGCCAGUGAUAGUAGCGUAACAAAUACCACCUUAAACAAUAUUAAAAGAAGCGCCCCUGGCACGCCCCAAUUAAAUCAUGGUUGUUCAAACAGUCCCGAAAGUGGCCUGGGAACUUCGCACACGUCUUUGCAUCAUGCCGACUCGGAUCAGGACCAAUACGAUGGAAAUCAUGCGGAUCCCGAAAGCGAAUACUACGAGGCAGAUGUGUUGCCUGCCAUCGGGAUUUGUCGGGCAUUGUACGCCUUCGAAGGUACGUUCUCUGCAAGCGAAGGUAGUAUACCAAUGGCCCAAGACGAAGAGCUACAUUUGAUUGAAGUCGACCAAGGCGAUGGAUGGACGAGGGUACGAAGGAUAAACGGUGAAUUCGAAGAAGGUUUCGUACCCACCACGUAUAUAGAAACUUCACUCUUCAAUACUUAAACUCAAAAUACGUUGAGAUGCAAUAUUAGUGACAGCAUAACAGUAUGCGUUAAGUGGGGACAACUAUUCAAUUCUUUACAGUUGGUCGAUGAAGAAGUUCCGACUUUUCUCCUAGGACAACUUUCUGAAGCCAUUUAGCAGGAAAUACAUUUUUUCGCUCUCUUUAUAUAAUAAGGAAAUGAAAAUAAGCAUUUCCUAUUUAAAGAUUUUUUUGUUGAGUAGUUCUGGAAUCAAUUCGUCAACUGUAAAUAUCGGAAGUUAGUUCAUCACGUUUACAAUAUCAAACAUUUUACCGGUAGCCCACUUAAUUUUAUUGCCCUGGGUUCAAUGAGACUUUUUCGAAGUGUAUUAUAUUAGUGCAUAGUUGAAAUGAUUUGCCUUGAUUAUCCCGAACAACAUGAUCAAAAUUGUAUUAGUCGAAGGCAUUUUUUAGUUAAAAGCGGAUUUAAUAGCUUGCUUGAACAAACUUGUUUAUUUGUAUAAAGAGAUGCGCUAUAUGCUUUUGCCUAGCACAAUUAGGAAUUAAAUCGUAGUCAAAAUAGUAUUUGAGAUAUUUCCACUAAGUCAAAAGCAGUGCAAAAAUGUAUAAGCUAACAUUUAUCCUGUUAGAUCUUCCAACCGUGUAUUUUCGUCUAGUAAAUAACCAUCAUCCAUGAUUAUGGUCUUAACCAAUUAAAAGCUCUGGACCAUAUUUCAUUACGUUUCCUUAUUAUUUUCUAUAGAUAUGGUAUAGAUGGUCUGUUAAUUAAAAAUAAAAUUUAGAGUAGCUACUCAUUUUUUUUAGUAAACUGUUUAGAAAUCUUAAAGCAUAAUAGAAAAUGUAAAAAGACUAGUUGAAAGAUCGCAUAUACAUGUGCUUUAAUUGUUGCAACAUUCAGUGCGCAAGGAUGUUUAUUGUCUAUGAAGUGUCUAGAAUAUUGAAAAUAUUUUUUUUGUGGAAAAACCUAGCAUUUAACACCCAGGAAAAUAUUGUAAUUAAACAAAAUUGUAUUUUUAUUUACUUAAUGGUUACUUUAAUCCGUCCUCUAUUUUUCUUUUCGUACUGGUACAUUUAGGCACCUCAUAGAAAAGUUUAUGUAAAUAUGUGCUCAUUAUAAUUCUUAUUUUUAAUGGAUAUUUUUUUUAUGUUUGUAACAUACCUUCGUAGUUUAAUAUUUAAAUUCUAUUUUAUAAACUUUUUAUAUAGUCAUUUACCUAUUUUUAUUGCCAUUUGGGUAUUUUUCAAAUAAAAGAUGCCAAAUUCAAUAGAUGAAAGAAGAAACACCUUCAUGUAAUCACAUUUCGGCUUUCGUAAAUAAAAAAUGGAGAAAACUUGCCAAAUUUUUAUCACCAACGCAAUCAAGAAUUUUUAACUGUUUAAACUAACAACGAUGCAUCAACCACAUUACUUUUGCAGUUAAAAAAUCGCGUAAGCUGCUGGAAGAAUACUAAUUAAUAACAUAAUAAGUAUCAUUAUGUAUCUGCACAGCAGGGUGAGAAAUACGGUUUGUUUUGAAAACCUUUUACAAUAAUAAUUGCAUCUUUGGUUAUUGAUGGUAUCAUGUAGUUUGAAUUGCUUAUAUAAUAUGUACUUGAAUUAUUUAUCAUAAUCGGCAAACUUUAAUUUGUCAUUCCAUAUCAUUUCAAGUCAAGCUAUUUCAUUGCAAAUUAGCCUUAGAACAUAAAACCCAUUUUCUUUCAACACCUUUUUGUGUAUUACAUAUUGAUUGCCUAUUGAUUGUACUUGCAAUAAUGGAAGAGAAGGUGUACAAACAUAAAAUAGGACCUAAUAUUAACUAAUCGAAAACAUACAUAAAUAGGAACAUCUUCUUUUGCAUAGAUUUGCAAAUAUGAAAGUUAACGUUUAAUCUAAGAAAAUCUAUUUCUCAAUAUCUUAAGAUUGACCAUCUACUGCUCCAAUUAUUGAAAUAGUCUGUGUUUGCAAAUGACUGAACUUGUAUAAAAUAUACUAUAUUAUACCUGAA